GACGACGCGCGGGUCCUUCGGGCUCGUCAGCGUUCCCGCUCCAACCGCAGACACAGGGCGCGUCCUCGAAAGCGCGUGGAAUCCACCCGGGACUAUGUGGGCGGUCACGACGCGCGCCACGGCGUUGAGGGUCACCGCCUCGAUUGGUGCCUGCGGGAGGUCCGCGGUGGUCGUCGCGACUCGCGCGCGGCCCGCUCGAUGCGCCGUCAACGACAACUCGUCGAUGAGGCGCCCCGUGAACCGCGUCGGCGACCGCUUCCGCGCGGACGCCGUCUCCGGCUGCGGUCCCUUCGCGCCCUCGCGUCCGUCGACCCGCCCCGACGGCAACGCCGGGCCAUCCUUCCGGCGGCAGCGAAGGGGCGUCGCUCGAGCCGCCGAGGGAGGCGGCGGCGGCGGGUCCGGCGGAUCCGGAGGAUCCGGAGGCGGAUCCGGAGGCGGAGGCGGCGACUCCGGCGCGUCGUCGGGAUCCGGCGGCGGCGGGCUUUGGGUGCUCUACCUGAGCUCUCUGGAGAAGAACCCUCUGCUCACCAAGUGCGUCACGUCCGGCAUCCUCAACUCCGCCGGCGACCUCUUCGCGCAGUUCAUGUUCGAGGACGCCGCGAGCAAGGGAUGCGACUGGAAGCGCGCGGGGGUCUUCACCUUCCUCGGCGCGGCGCUCGUCGGUCCGUGCCUGCACUUCUGGUACACCAACCUGAACAAGAUUGUCGUCGCCACCGGCGCGGUCGGUUCCGCCGCGGCGGUGACGAGUCUCGCGCUCGAUCAGCUCGUCUUUGCGCCGACGUUCCUCGCGGUUUUCAUCGCGUCGCUGUUUACCAUCGAGGGGAACGCCGCCGCGGUGGUGCCAAAGCUGAAGCAGGACUGGUCGCAGACGGUCGUCGCCAACUGGAAGGUUUGGGUGCCGUUUCAGUUUUUGAACUUUAGGUUCGUGCCCGUGAACCUUCAGGUGGGCGCGGCGAACGUCAUCGCGCUGCUUUGGAACACGUACAUGUCGUGGGUCACGCACCUCGAGGUCAAGCCCGCGGAGCCCGAGCCCAAGGGAAAGAAGGGCUCGAAGAAGAAGUGAACGGUGGGGGAAUCGGACGGAGGAGUUGAGUUGAGACUGUAAAAUACAUUGUUCACCCGUGGUUG